AGGCGUUGGCUAAAGUGUCGUCACCCAAUCCGACGGUGUUAGACGUACCAUGCCUUUGGAUGCGUGUCUGGGGGUAGCCCAGCCGUUAACGGUGUACCCUCGAUACCUGGGCGCCUCGAGGGAACCUUUAUGCCCUUUAGGCCUAGGCCGGCAAGCGGGGCUCUGCCGGUUGUGACGUUUAGUUCCCUAGCUACUCGUGGGACUCGUAUGGAUAACAUAGAGGACAAAAAUUAACUAAUAACUUAAAUUCUUCUUUGGAGGAAACCACGGCUGGGAUGGACAGUACACCCAGCAAUAACGAUAUGACUCCAGUCAUGGUUAUGGAUACGAACCAGACGGGUCCUUCCGACCUUUUAGUGACGACCGGAUCCAGCGCUCAGCCGCGUAGUCGACUGAGCGGAUCUCGCCGGAGGAGACUACAGGGCCUAAUGAGAGCGGGAAAGAGUUAUGCGGAAGCCCUCCAGCUCUCUGAAAAGCCCUGGAGUGAACUUACGGUGCCCAAACCACUUCCGAAAGUGAUAGUGCCGAAGCGCGAUCUGGCAGAAAAAGUGUCGCCCCAAGAGCACAUAAGGAAGGCUCCCAGGACCAUGGCACAAGCUGAAAGCAGAAUCAGACCUACUUUCAGCGAAGUGGCUGGCUCCCUGCUCGUGAGUGAAGCCCUUCAGCUCUCUGAAAAACCCUGGAGUGAACUUGCGGUGCUCAAACCAAUUCCGAAACCGAUAGCGCUGAAACGCGAUCUGUCAGAGAAGGCGUCGCCCCAAGAGCACACAAGGAAAGCUCCCAGGACCAUGACACAAGCUGAAAGCAGAAUCAGACCUGCUAUCAGCGAAAUGGCUGACUCCCUGCGCGUGGGUAUCCGGAAUUCGGAACCUAUGACGGAGGAACAAAUGGAACUAGUUAAGCUGUUCCUAGUCCGCACCAUUGCGAGCACAAAGUCGCAUGGCGAAGGACCGAAGUUCAUGGGCCUCUCCCACAAGUCAGGCUGGAUUCUUGUGACCUGCAAGGACCAUGAUAGUGCAGACUGGCUUGAGGAAAAGAUUGGCAAUCUGCAUCCGUGGCCGGAAGCCAAGCUGUCCUUUAUUAAGGAGAGCGAGCUUCCGAAACCCAUCACCGCCACCACUUACAUUCCGGAGAAGGGGUGCGAGUCGGUACAGAUGGCAAUCAGCCUGCUCGAGGCCCAAAACAGUGGUCAGAAUUGUGGAAAAUUCUUCACACCUGGGAAGACGCGAACGGAUGGAUCAUCGCGUACGCUCUGGAUGGCCUGUCACUGGAGCAUCUCCGGGCUUCAAACUGCCGGGCACACCUUGGUUUUAAACAGGUUACGUUUAAGAUCAAAGGGUGCCCGGAAGGUACUGUUAGCAGCGACAAUGCACGGGGUGUCUCGGCCUCGAAACCGGAGUCGGUAACAAGUCCGCUCGAGGAAUCGGAGUCGGGAAGCUCAGUGCAGGAGUCUGCGCCUGGUCCGUCUUCUACGAACCAGGGGAGCGGUGUUGGGGCUGCACAUUUGGAGGCAGUUCUCUACUAAAACUAGUCAGUUUUGGUAGAGACCGAUACUAGUCAGUUUUGGUAGAGAACUGCUAGUCUCCUCCAAGGGAGUCAUCGGCUGAAGAAGCUGAGAGAAAAUAACUUAGCAAAACUGCCAAAACACCAUAUCAAACGACUCUGAACACCAUUUCCGCAUGGUGUCAAGGCAAUGAAAUACCGGCCUUUGUUAUACUGAUGGGUCGAAGACAAGACUCAACGUCGUGGAUACCAUAGACGUAGCUUAGGUUGCCUAGCGAGAGGUACUUUAUAAAUAUAAACUGGGAUUAUCUUCAUAACUAGAUAUUUAUUGUAUUUUUCACAUAUUCACUUAUGGAGGCUACUUCUAGAUCUGCCAACAUGAUCUUUUCUCUAUCCUA